CUGGAAGUUAGGGACAUACUGGUAUGCGGGUUCUCUUGCAUACCCUAUCAACACGACUAACCUCGCUACCCACUCCAGCGAUUACUCCCGCUCCGGCAAUCUCGAUUUACUACUCCGAUUUCUACCUUCCAAAGCUCGACUGCUACAUUGCGGAAAGCUUGACACGAUGGGGAACUUUUGGGAUGGCAUGGAACUGUGGCAGAAGAUGUUAUUUGUUCUGGCAGCUGCAAUGGCGUGUGUACUGGUGUUUGGCGCAGCCAAGUUGAUAAUCGGCAAGCGGAAGGUAGCCAAGUAUGCGGAGCUUGCGGAGGCACGGAAAGCACACCUAGAAAACGUUCGGAGCAGCCGACAUAUCAUCGAGCUCAAGGGAGAAGACGUCCCCUUCGGUGUGAAGGCUUUGGAGUCUGGAAUCGAGAUCGAAGGCAUCGUUAUUUCGCGACCUGCUACUCCCGCUACACCGAACAGCAAUCGUAGCCAACAGACCCUGGUGGGCUCCGAUAACGACAGCCUCAAGGUGCUAGGGCAGCCUUCGCAGAUGGCACAGCGGCAGUCAGGUCGGCCAUUGAUGUAUCAACCCAGCCCGUACAUCGCUCUGCCGGCUCCAUCGUAUGGUAUUUCGAGCAUGCCGUCAAGCUCCACUUCGGUGGCCUCGAUGCCAAGUGGGUCGAACGAUGAUGUUCGGGGGGUGAGGGCGUAUUCGGAGCCCAUGUUGCAACACGUUACUCGCAGCUCCCGCUCGGAAUCACCGGCGUCAAGAUUACCAGCGUCUGCCGUCACGGCUAGACUGGAAGGGCUGUCGUCGCCUUCGCAGAACGGCCACCACAGGGCGAGAAGUCUUGCGGCAAACAGUCCAUCGUAUCCUUCUAGCAGGACUGAGAGUAGAACCCCUACUCCGCCAGAUGGACAUCGUGACUCCGAUCUGCCCGGAGACAGCGACGGCCCCCACGUACGACCACAGUUCGUGAGCGCAUACUCCACACCAAACGUUCCGUCCGCGCCAAUGACCACGGACUACGUACCCGAGACGGCGCGCGGCGACUUGUCACUGCUUUACACCCAUCGCCUGUCCCAUGCCGCGGAAGUGGGGCAAUUACUCCCUCGCAACAGCAGAACAUCCAGGCUCCUGUUGGAGGGAAGCUUCAACCAUUCGCCCACCAAUUCGAUCUCGCAGUCACCGACACAACAGUCACCAACAAACUCCUUCAUCAUCUCGCCCGCGGCCUCAGACGGGGUAUAUGCUCUCGAUGUAGCACUUCCUCCGACGAUGCCCGUAUCCGCUGCCCUGGUGCACCCUGCCCUCCGAGGUAGAUUCUCAGCGGGCUCCAGAUCAAGCUCCGGUGAGAGAUCACGCUUCAGCGAGGAUCUCCCGUGGGUAUCCGACCAACUACAGCAGCGGACCGAUUACACGGUGGUACCAACACCUGCCGCCGCUCCUGCCGCUCCCACCGCCCCCGUCGAACCAGAAGCAGCAGAGACGAAGAAGAAGGGUCCCAACAGGCUGUUCAAAAAACGAGGAUCCGGCUCCGCCCGGAGCUCACUGGACGUCGAUCUGGAAGCCCAGAAAUGACGUGGCCUACUAUACAUGUGGGCAUGUGAAAGCAGCUGUCUAUUUUUUCUUUUCUUUUUUCCCCCUCGUCCGCAUUGAUUGCUCGCAU